AUGGCUAACAACCUGACUACUCAGGUACGUGAGAUUGCGGACGUCACCACGGCUGUCGCCAAGGGCGAUUUAACCAAGAAGGUCACUGCCAACGUGCAGGGCGAGAUGCUUGAUCUGAAGAGUACCAUCAACGGCAUGGUGGACCGUCUCAACACGUUUGCUUUCGAGGUUAGCAAGGUCGCGCGUGAGGUCGGUACCGAUGGUACCCUGGGAGGUCAAGCUAAGGUGGACAAUGUGGAAGGAAAAUGGAAGGAUCUCACCGAUAACGUCAAUACCAUGGCGCAAAAUUUGACGUCGCAAGUGCGAAGUAUCUCGGACGUGACGCAAGCUAUUGCUAAGGGUGAUCUUAGCAAGAAGAUCGAGGUGCACGCGCAAGGAGAGAUGCUGACCCUCAAAGUGACUAUCAAUCACAUAGUGGGUCGUUUGGCCAAGUUCGCUACUGAACUGAAGAAGGUCGCUCGCGAUGUCGGCGUCGAUGGAAAGAUGGGUGGUCAAGCCAAUGUGGAAGGGAUCGCAGGAACCUGGAAGGAGAUCACGGAGGAUGUGAACACCAUGGCCGAGAACCUGACAUCCCAGGUGCGUGCAUUUGGCGAAAUUACCGAUGCCGCCACGGAUGGUGAUUUCACCAACCUCAUCACUGUCAACGCUUCGGGAGAAAUGGACGAACUGAAGCGCAAGAUCAAUAAAAUGGUUUCCAACCUGCGAGACAGUAUUCAACGAAACACUGCCGCCAAGGAGGCUGCCGAGCUUGCUAAUCGCACCAAAUCUGAGUUCCUGGCCAACAUGUCCCACGAGAUCCGAACUCCCAUGAACGGUAUCAUUGGUAUGACCCAGCUCACGCUGGAUACCGACGACCUGAAGCCGUAUACCCGGGAAAUGCUGAACGUGGUGCACAAUCUGGCCAACAGUUUGCUCACAAUCAUUGACGAUAUACUCGAUAUUUCGAAGAUUGAAGCCAACCGGAUGGUCAUUGAGAGCAUUCCAUUCACCGUGCGCGGUACCGUAUUCAAUGCGCUCAAAACUUUGGCUGUGAAGGCGAAUGAGAAAUUCCUUAGCCUGACUUACCAGGUCGACAACACAGUCCCCGACUAUGUCAUUGGCGAUCCGUUUCGUCUGCGCCAGAUUAUUCUCAACUUAGUCGGUAAUGCCAUCAAGUUCACUGACCAUGGUGAAGUUAAGCUCACGAUCCGCAAAUCCGAUCGUGAGCAAUGCACCACCAACGAAUAUGCCUUUGAGUUUUCCGUCUCCGACACCGGUAUUGGUAUCGAGGAGGACAAAUUGGACUUGAUCUUCGAUACCUUCCAACAGGCUGAUGGGUCAACCACCCGCAGGUUCGGUAGUACCGGUCUCGGUCUGUCAAUCUCCAAACGCCUGGUCAAUCUCAUGGGUGGUGACGUUUGGGUUACCUCGGAGUACGGACACGGCAGUACCUUCCAUUUCACUUGCGUCGUGAAGCUUGCCGAUCAGUCCUUGAACGUUAUUGCUUCUCAGCUCUUGCCAUACAGGAAUCACUGGGUGCUGUUCAUCGACAAGGGCCAGAACGGUGCCCAAGCCACUAAUGUCAUGAAGAUGCUCAAGCAGAUCGAAUUAGAGCCGUUGGUGGUGCGUAACGAAGAGCAUGUUCCACCACCUGAAAUCCAAGACCCCUCUGGAAAGGAGUCUGGUCAUGCAUACGAUGUCAUCAUUGUGGACUCGGUGGACACUGCUCGCAUCCUGCGAACAUCCGACGAGUUCAAGUAUAUCCCUAUUGUUUUGGUAUGUCCUUUGGUCUGUGUCAGCUUGAAAUCUGCUUUGGAUCUUGGUAUCAGCUCGUAUAUGACAACGCCUUGCCAGCCCAUUGAUAUGGGCAAUGGUAUGCUUCCUGCAUUGGAGGGUCGGUCGACGCCGAUCGCCGCCGACAACUCCCGCUCGUUCGACAUCCUUCUUGCUGAGGACAACGACGUCAACCAGCAACUCGCCAUGAAGAUACUCCAAAGGCACAACCACAACGUCUUUGUUGUUGGUAACGGUCUAGAGGCCGUGGAGGCUGUCAAGAAGCGCCGCUAUGAUGUGAUCUUGAUGGAUGUUCAAAUGCCCGUCAUGGGUGGUUUCGAGGCUACUGGCAAGAUUCGAGAGUAUGAACGAGAGAGUGGUCUCCAGCGAACCCCGAUUAUUGCACUCACUGCACACGCCAUGCUGGGUGAUCGCGAGAAGUGUAUCCAGGCUCAAAUGGACGAGUACCUGUCCAAACCACUUAAGCAGAACCAGAUGAUGCAGACCAUUCUCAAGUGCGCAACGCUUGGUGGAUCGCUGCUGGAGAAGAGCAAGGAACCUCGGAUCUCGAGCAGUGGAGAAAUGCAUCCCAUCCACUCAUCUGUCUCCGAUAAUCAAAAUCAACAGCAGCAGUCACAGAAACAACAAGAGUUGCCCUCCCCACCAUGGCCUGGCAUAGAGACCCGGGCAAUCUCCACUGCUGGCCCGAUAGGCCGUGGUAGUUUCGCCGAGCCUCAAGACAAAGAUGAAGAGACGAUCGAUGAUCGGACAUUGCUGCGCUCCAACAUGUCUAACAACAAAAUCGUUCCUCUUACCAUUAUCAAGGGCGCCGGCCAUGAACACAUCCCUAUCCCCGAGGGCGAAUGCGCCAUUAUCGCCGACUUCCACUCAAUCAAAUCCCAGAGCUCACACUCCACCCCUUACCUGACCACUGGAUUCUACCGUGUUGUGCCCGGACCUACACGAUACGGCGAGUACGACUACGAGGAGACCAAGUAUGUUCUCAAGGGUCAAAUCGACAUCACAGAUGAGGCCACUGGCAAGACCCACCACCUCGUUGCUGGAGACUGGGCCUUCUUCCAUGUUGGAUCCAAGGCUCAGUUCUCAACAAAGACUGAGGGUGUUGCUUUCUACGCUGUCACCCGACCAAUGAACGACGGUCACCCUAACCUUGUUGGCCGCGAGGAGAGCACUUCAAAGUUGUAA